AUGGAUUAUAACAAGAAGCGCGAUCUCGACCUCGAAGUUUUCAUCAACCACGGUCGGGGCUCGAGCCAGAUAUUUGAGGUAUCUCCCUGGUUGUCGUCGACAGAAACAAGGUCGUUGCCUGUUUUUCGCAACUUGCAAUUCAAGAAGUUCCUCGUCGAGUUCUCGAAGCUUUCUUGCUUCUUGAAAGGGGUCAACACCAGAAGAGGCCGCCGGCUACUCCUUCAACCACAUCAGCCUGUAAACAAUCCAAGCCUAGCACCCUCGGCGUAUCUGUACCCAUUGAGCCUGCAGGACCUUCUAGGAUCCACGAGCUAUCCAUAUAAUGCCCGACAAACGCGGUAUUCCUGCUACCGAUCUCCCCAGAAAUACCUCGUUUAG